GUCGCCAAAAGAAAUUUGAAUUCAGACAGCGCCAAACUUCUAUCAUUGCCAUCUCAGAGUCUACACACACAAACAAAGAGACAGACAAUCUAGGAAUGAUCAAUUCUUUGUCUUAAAAUUCAAACCUUAAUCACUCCAAAAAAGAAACACAAUACCCAUGGCUUCAAUUAAGCCAUCUUAUCGCUACGCCAAUGCUUCUUCUUCCAUAGAUUCUUGCCAAUCCUCCACCAAAUCCAACCCUUCUUCAUCUACUGACCUAACCCUUCACCCCCACAACCACCAUAAUUCCUCACGCGCCAUAACGCGCCAUCACGCGCCGUCCACGCGCCACCACAACUUAGGGUCCAUCGUCAAGAAAUUCGUCGAGCACAAAUCUGGCCCAUCGAUUAAAUCGAAGCCGAAAGAGCUGAAACUGCUAACUCCGGUGGAUUUUAUAGCGGAAGAUUUGAAGAAAACGGCGAAAAAGGGAACUGGUUUGGGUGCUCUGCAUAAAAAGUUGUUUAAGGGAGUGAAAAGAGAUGAAGGAAAUGAAAAGAAAAAGGCUUUAACUGAAGUUAAAGGGAAUACUAGGACUUUAGGUAUGGUGCUAAGAAGUGAAAGGGAGUUGUUGAGUAUGAAUAAGGAGCAAGAGAAUCAGAUUGUUGAGCUCAAAUUGAUUCUUGAAGAGAAAAACAAAGAGGUUGAGAAGUUAAAGGAUUUGUGUUUGAAGCAGAGGGAAGAAAUAAAGUCACUGAAAAGUGCCGUAUUGUUCCCAGACGUUAUGAAUUCUCAACUUCAAGAACUUUUAGAGAAGCAGGGAUCAGAACUCAAGCAGGCAAAUCUGCUUAUACCAAGUCUCCAAAAGCAAGUCAUUUCUCUUGCAGGACAAGUACAGUGCCUCACCUUUGAUCUUGAUGAGUUUAAAGCAGAUAAAUACUCUUCAAGAGGGUGCUAUGAUUCUCUUGAUAGCUCACCAAGGUCACCUGAAUACGAUCAGGAAGAAGCAACAAAUUCUCUGGAAUUCAGUUCUGAGAAUACAAUUCCUGGUAGUCCAGAUGACAUGCUUCUCAAGGACUUAAAUCCCUGCUUAACACCUUAUUCCACCAAGAGGAAGUCCAAGGAAUUUGAGUUCAACUCUCCGGAAGACAAGAACUUGCUUAAAAACAAUAUACAAGUGUAUCAUGAGACUAGCUACAGCUACAAUUCUUGCGCAAGCAAAGUAUUGAAAAGUUCAUCAGAUCGUAGUCAAUGUUCAAAGGCAGCCAACAGCUCAAUUCGCGCAGCUCGGGGAUCUGGUGAAAGCAAAUACACAUACAGAAAGCGGAUCCACAAUAUGUUCUAAGUUAUCCUUGAUCCUUGAGAACAGUUUUCUUGGCAGCAUUCAUUUUGUUUGUAUGGUAUAAGAUAUGCUGGCAAGAGUUAGAAAGUAUAAUAAUAAUUAUGCGUCAGUCCCAAACAAGAGUCAGAAGGUGCUCAUAUCUAUUUAAAUUUCGCCUUUCCUUUUUC